AUGUCCGACACAUCACCCCAGGCUGCCUCUACUGCCGACGCGGCCACAAAGCAGAACCCCCUCGCCGUGCAGCAGCCUGCCGGCGACGUCGAAAUGGAGAAUCUCUCAACCAUCCCGCCGAAGCCGGUCAAUGGCGAACCGUCAUCAGUCCUGGCAGAGCCUGUUCAGACCGGCGAGGCCGCAGCAGCUCCUGUAGCCACGACGGAUGGGGCGGCAGAGGAUACCGCUGCGCCAACUGCCCCGGCCAAGCCAUCCGCCAAUGCAGAUGACGCAGACCUCGCCAUCAACCCGGUUGACCCAGCAGACCCAGUCAGCGCUGGAGAUCUUGCGGUCGACAUAAUGUUGGUGCUUGUCUCAAACGGCAACAGGCAUCCCUUCCGCAUCGACGAAAAGUAUCUCACCAAACGCAAUGUCACAAUCACUGGCAACAGCGAAGACGGCAGGCCAGACCCCUCCAGCAUUACUGUCUAUACUCUGAAGGAGCUCAUCCUCAGAGAAUGGCGUCCCGAUUGGGAUCAGCCUCCAAGGGAGCCCAGUGCCAUUCGUCUUGUUUAUUUUGGAAAGCUUUUGGAAGAUAGGAUGCCCUUGAAUCAACAACGCUUCAAGAUGUCAGUCACCAAUGUCGUGCACAUGACCGUCAAGCCCCAGGAUAUAAUAGACGAAGAAGAGGCCACGAAGCGCGUCAAGGACUCCGCAACAGAGGGAAGAGCUCGGAGCGGAUGCUGUGUCAUCUUAUAG